GCAGCUCUUUGUAUCGAAAGCGGAGCCUCAUCUGCCUGCAGCGGGAAUUUCUGCACCAGUACUACUUAUCCAUUCUCUUUGCGUCCGUCAAAAUGGCAACACGAAUCGAUAAAGAGGCUUGCAGAGAAUCUUACAAUCUGGUCCGCGACGACAACUCAGACAUAAACUGGGCUGCUUUCAAAUACGACGGCUCCAUGAUUGUGCCAGCAGGACAGGGGGCCGAUUACGAAGACUUCAAGAAGCUGUGCACAGAUGACGAGCGUCUGUUUGGCUUUGUGAGGAUCACGACAGGGGAUGCUAUGAGCAAGAGGGCUAAGUUCACACUCAUCACCUGGAUCGGUGAGAACAUAAGCGGUCUCCAGCGGGCCAAGAUCAGCACCGACAAGACGCUGGUCAAAGACGUCGUGCAGAACUUUGCCAAGGAGUUUAUGAUCAGCGAUCCACGAGAGUUAGAGGAGGCAUACCUCCGCAACGAGCUGAAGAAGGCGGGGGGAGCCAACUACGACGCCCAGGCGGAGUAGAGCCCCACAGAGCACAGACACAGGAAAACAGGGGUCGGGGGGUUUGAAUGAGAGGGAUGGGGGAGACAUCACACAGAUACACACA